AGUCUACACAAAUUUUAUUUAAACAAACUUUUCGUUUUUAAUAUUGACAUUCAGUAGCGUGUUAUAUUGAUUGAUUUUGUUGCCUUUGGACGGAUUAUGUGUCACAUUCAACAGGUGAAACUUUAAUAGAAAAAAAAAGACGUUAUCCACUAGAUAAUGUACACCUAACUCAUUUUCGUCAUUCGUGGUAUUUUUUACAGAUCAAUUGUUUUGCGGAGCUGGAAAAUGUAUAGCUGUAGAGCACAUUUGCAACGGCGUGUCGGAUUGCGAAUGGGGACAAGACGAACGGAAUUGCGUGCGACUUAGUGGCGAGAUGGGAGUGCGAGGUGAAGGGAUGCUGGAGCUUUAUUCGCCGAACACGACGUCGUGGCGACCCGCGUGCAUUCAGAGUUGGGAUUCAGACCUGUCGGCCACCAUAAUUUGCAACAUUCUUGGAUACAAACUAUCUUCUAAAAGCAUGCUCGGCGAGAACAACAAACUUUUGGCCUCCGUUAAGUACAACCAAUCAGAAGAAUACUACGACGAAAACAAAAUGACCGUUUACAGAGAAAUCCGAUACUGUCCGGAUUCGUACUUGUACCCGUCUAUAAGUCUCUUGUGUACCAAUUUUGGUAAGUUUCUUUUUUUCAUUUGAUUUCAUUUUUUACAAUUUCAUGGAAAACACCAUUUAAGUAGAAUAGGUACAUUUGCAAAAAAACAUCGAUAUAAUAAAUAAUAAUAACGACGGGGGUCUUCCUUAUUAGAUUAGUCGUACUGCAGUGUGAUCUCUAAGCUUACUCACGACUAUUUUUCCUUAAUUA